AUGCUGGCCUUCGUGACUCUUAAAAGUGGCAGCGAUGCACCGCUGCUCUUCACCACACUGGAUGUGAAGCAUGUCACCGACUUCUUCACAAGCGGUUUCUUCCAACACCUCCGGCUGUAUCAAUAUUGUCUUACGAAGGAACAGGCGCACCUGGCCUUGCAAGAGCAGGUCAUGCUAGAAACAGCGGAGCUGGGCUUUCCUCCCCUGUCCGAAGCUAUGACGGAGGCAGAACGCGAUGAUUGGCAGGCGUCUCGAGCGGCGGCAGCGGCUGCUGCAGAGGCGGAAAGGAGGGCCAGGGCCGAAGCUGAGGAAGCCGCGCGCUUGGCAGCCGUCGAAGCCGCUCGGAUCGCUGCCGAAGAGGAAGCCAAGAAACGAAAACCGCAGACGUUGGAAGAAGCCGUCGAGUUUGCGGUACGGGAUCGGUUAGCUGCGGAACGGAAAGCGAUCGAAGAGGAGCAUGCAAAACGAGAGAAGGAGCUAUUGGACCGGAUCGCGCAGCUUGAAGCGGCGCGAGCCAAGAUGGCAGGCGACGGGGGAAAUAAGAGCCGCGGGUCCAUUCAGGGUUGA